AUGCUAUUCAGAACUUGCUAUUCAGACGCCUCCACGGACCAGCUGCUUGUCGAUGUGACCACCACCACCAUGCCCCCCACACUCGACGCCAGGUUCUUCCCCCACAUCCUGGACUCGAUUAUCCAUUACUCCAAACUUGGAUCCUUCGUUCUCGGUGCCACCUCAAAGUCGAUGAAGGCUCGCAUCGACCCCAUUGUCAAAGAUAUCGAGCGCUGUCCACACCACGUGGUAGUCACUUCCGAUGGCCCAGAGUACGCCGACGGUCGACCAGUACCAGUCCGCAAAUGGGGCUCACUUCAAAUCAAGACUGUCGACUUUCCCGCAUCGCCGCGGUCCAGUGUCCAUCGUCAAGCCAUGACGUGUCUAUGCCACCUGGGAUCGCUCUUCAUCUGGGCCGACAGAGCUCGGCAAUCGGUUCCCGUGUGUCGCUCCUGCGUCAAGGUCAUUGCCCCCCGCGCUGUCAUAUUCUUCGAUAUCCGAGAGGUUCCAGCCAACAACCCCGUGAUCCUUGAACCUAAGUGCAUAGCGGACCAGUGCCCCUCCAUCGCCUACACCAUCCUGCGUGGGGUAACCGAGCCAGCACCAGGCUCACGGCUCAUUCCCAUCCAACCUUGGCCGACAAGUACUGCAGCGACCAUUCUUGUCGCACCAUCUCCAAACACUUCCGCUGCAGGCACUGGUGCCGACUCGGUUGUCGGGGAAACGGCCAAAACAUCCAUCGUUCUUGAAGCCCAAGGCCGGCCGUUGCUUUAUGAUAUUCUCAAUCUGGCCGUCCUUAAACGGUCAUAUGAAAACAGAAUUUCAUGGCUGCCGGCUGCGUGGAUCUUCGUCGAUGUCGAGCACUUCAACCCACUUUGGUUGCCGGCCCAGCCUUCCCCACCCAACAACAGCGCCAACAUGCAACGCCGAAUUGCUGAUAUUGUCCGCCGUCGGGCCUUGGCGACCCUGGGCUGGGACCAUACAGACUGGAGGGACUAUGCGCAAACCAAACUCUUCUUUUACGAUACUUGCCCUGUGGGGUGGUUUGACGAUUGCUUAAACUGGUGGUGA